CAAUUCUAUUUAUCACCUUCACUCGCUCACACCACUUCACUUUCCGUACAUAAACACCCAGAGAUUUUGGUCACCGGAAUCCUUCAGAACCAAAACCUUUCUACCCCCUUAACAUGCACUCUUGGUGACAAUUAACAAUUCAAAUCCAAACCAGCUGCUCUGUGUAUUCUUGUUUUGAUGCAUAUGCUCAGAAUGAGCUGAUUUGAUUGUAUUGCCUGAUGGGAAUUGAGAUGGACAUUGGUAAAAGAUUAGAAGCUAAGAUGGAAGCUUCAGCCUAUAAGGGGACUGGAAUAUUUGCCAAAGAACUUGAAGAUGAGCUUAUGAAAUUUACAAUGAAGUCUGAGGACAAUAAAGUCGAUGCACACUUGAUUGAGAAGACUGAGGAAGUCCUGCGGAAUACUGAGGAUGUCAACAUUACAGACUGCACAAAAUCUUUGGGCAAUGAGCUGGUGGAAGCAGCAUACCAGGACACAACUGAGAGCUCAAGUUCAUUUGAUGACAGCGAUUCUGGAGUUGAGAAUGUUGAUACCUUGGGUGACUCUGAAGCUUCGUCAGAUUUUCAUGGUGAUACUGCAUCGGCACUAGAUAUUGAUGGAUCUGGUGAAAAGUUUAGAAUGAGGAAGAGGAAGCUGACCAGUCAUUGGAGGUCAUUUGUUCAACCUCUUAUGUGGCGUUGUAAGUGGGUUGAGUUGCAAAUUCAGAAGUUGCAGUCACAAGCCCAACAAUAUGACAGAGAACUUGAAGCAUACAAUAAGCAAAAGCAGAUUCAGUUAGAGAACUCUAUUUUGGUAGAUGGAGUUAAAUCACUUCCAUUUUCCCAGACCAAUGCUAGAAGUGACAUCCUGAAGAGGAAGAAAAGAAGAACAACAGAAGCAACAAUGGAUGUAGCAGCAUAUAUGUCUCAUCACAACCUUUUUUCAUAUUAUGAAAAUAGGAAGUCCUUUACUGAAGGUGCCCUCAUGAGUAAUGAGUUGAAGAAUCCAGCUACUCGGAAAGUCUACACUGAGGAUGAGUUUUGGAUUAAUGAUGAGCUAUUAUCCAUUGCACCUGGAGAUGGUGAUAAUUCUUUAGAACACAUACUCGGGAAGAUUGACUAUUUGCAAUCACAAGUUGGGAAGCUGAAGAGCAGAGUUGACAAGGUAAUGCAUGAAAAUGCUGGAAAGUUUUCUGGCACCGAGGACUUGACCUUGCCUAUGGCAUGUAAUGCCUCACCUCCAAACAGUGGGGACAGAAUGGCUGUAGGAACUUAUAUUGCAUCUCAGCUUAUAUCUGAGUAUAGCAUGGGCAAUGCACUCGUGCCUGAAAGUGCAGUUACAAGUCAAGGAGAUGUUGCUACCGACGCUAAUGGAAGUAAAGAUCAUGCUUGUUUUGCAGAUGCACAUGAAAAUGAUGAAGAUGGAGUUCUUAUUGAUAAUGAGAGGGUUAAGGAAGAGAUGAACAGUUUCGAGGAAGUGAAGAUUACCCCAAUCCAAACGCCUUUGGUGCUUAAGGAUGGGUCGGGUAAUACCACCCCUCCAGUCCAGGGAGAACCUGAUCUGCCCACAGAUGAUCAACCACCUCCCAAAAUUCGUUCUAUCGCAAAGCUUACUGCCCCGAAAAGCAAGAAGAAGAGGGGGAGAAGAAAAGUUGCUGGGCGGCGGAGGUGAAGUUAGUUUCCUAAUAACCGGGUGCAAUUU